UUCAUGUAUGCCAGCAGAAGAUGAGCCUGACAAUACCAAACAGGGUGACUGUCAUCCUUUAAUCAAACUGGACAACCCAUUUUGUGAACAUUACGGAUUCAAACUUGAUAAAUACGUCAAGGCGUCAGUGCGCGACCAACAAGUUUUGAAUGACCAGUUGUGGGGGAUGCAGGAACAUUUCGUUGAAGGGCAAAAUUUUUCAACAUCACACGAAUGCACUGACCAAUUUCGUUUCCCUGUCUGCUACUAUGCAUUUCCAGGCUGCGAUCGCAGCACAAGUGUAUUUAAACCAAAGAAAAUUUGCAAGGAGUCGUGUCUCCAUUUUACAAAGGAAUGCAGUGCGUUUGUGAGGUUUUGGAAAGUUGCUUACGUACCCACACUGUUGGCAGGGAAACCAAGUGAUGAAUUGUUCAAUUGUGUUGAAAAACUAUCAAGAAAUGCCGGGGACACUCCAGAGUGUAUUUAUUAUAAUAGGAAAGAAAGUUUGGAAAAGGAAG